UGAUAAAUAACAAGAAGUGAGCAAAGUGGGAGAGAAAAAAAAGUUAAAAAAAGUUGAAAUAAAGAAGGGAAAGAAUUGAGAAACGGGACCCAAUAAGCAGCAAAUGGUGGUAUCCUUCGUCAGAAUCCUGUCACAAACUCUUUAGCUUUUUCUUUUACUUUUCCUUUUCUCAAUAAUUCUCCGAUCAUAUUUUUUCUUAAUUUUGAUUCUCUCUUAGCUCUCCAAAGCACCUUUAUUCCCUGGGUUCUACGAAAAGCUCAUCAUGCAUCAAGACAUUAUCUUAUUCUUAACACCAGUUUUAAGAACAUCACUUUAUAACAAUCUCAACUUCCAUGUUUCUUUCUCUUCUUUUCGUACCUCUUUCCAUUUUGUAGUAAAUAUUCCAUCGAAAGAAGAACAGCGAAACCAUGGAAGAGUUUGAGUAUGAAGAGGUUGUGAAAGCAACAGAAAACUUCAACCCCAGAAGGGUCGUAGGGAAAGGAAGCCAUGGGAUGGUGUACAAAGGAUUUGUUCGAUUCAAAGAAAACAACAGCUUCCGUUUGGUCGCCGUAAAGAAGCCAUCGCAAGGCCUUCAAUCUCUUCACGACAACUCCAAACUCGAAAACGAAAUCCGAGUUCUAUCUUCUCUACCUGAAAACCCUCACGUGGUUAAUCUUCUGGGAACCACGAGUGGUGAUGAUCACGGCCACAAACUCAUUGUGAUGGACUUCAUGCCCAAUGCCUCUCUCCAUGACUUGCUUCAUGCCAAUGAAAACCCACCCACGUGGCCCAAACGCGUUCAAAUCGCCAUGCAAAUCGCUCGUGCGGUGCAGUUUCUUCACCAAGGUAAGCCUGCGGUGAUUCACAGAGACAUUAAACCCUCCAACAUAUUGUUUGAUUCACGUUGGAAUGCGAAGUUGGCGGAUUUCGGACUCGCGGUGAGAGGGGUUGAUCCGGUGAGUCGACCCGCUGGGACAAUGGGGUACUUGGACCCGUGUUACACUACCCCAGAUAAACUCAGCACCAAAAACGAUAUUUUCAGUUUUGGGGUUGUGUUGUUGGAGAUCAUAAGUGGUAGAAAGGCCAUCGAUGCCUGCAAAACACCGGCUUCAGUUGUGGAAUGGGCGGUUCAGUUAAUGGAUGAACAAGUUUUGAAAGAGAUAUGUGACGCGAGAGUGGCACUACCGGGUUACAUGGUUGAAACGAUCACUCGCCUGUUACGCUACGCUUCACGUUGUGUGUCAGAAAAUGAAGAUGAACGUCCUUCGGCUGGUGAAAUUGUUAUGGGAAUGGAAAGUUGGCUGGCGAAACGAGUAAGGUUCCCCGUUUGGAGGCGCGUUUUGAAUGGGUUGGUUUGGUUGAGGAAGAAGCCGAUGAUAAGUAUUGGUUGGCAAACUCAGACCCGAAUUCAGUGUAUAGCAGAAGAAGAGAGCGUGGUAGAGGAUGCUGGUGUUGCAGGUGGGAAGAUAUCCAUCACCAUAAGGGAGGUUUUGGCUGAUGUUAACGUUGGAGUGACUCAAAUUCAGAUGAGUUGACUCGCUGCGAACCGGUUUGAGGUUGCAAUGCUGGGCAAUGGGGGCAUGCACAACAAACAUUCGUACCAAGCCAAACGUGAUGGUUACGUACGGGGUAGACAAUAUAGGCAGAGACUAUCUAAAGCUUUAUCAUGAAACUUUCCCUUUUCCCUUUAGUUUAAUUCAUGUCAAAAAUCAUAUUUUAGUGUUAAUUA